AGGAAUUAGUAAUGGUAAUCGUUACUGGAGCGCCAUAUCUAACUUUAACCAGACCGAUUGGAGGGUUCCUUCCGGAGAGAAAGUCACUUUCCUUCCGUGGGACAGAAGUGAACCCAACGACAGGAGAAAGAACGUCAAGGUGUGCGUGGAAAUAGUCCGCAGAGGCGAUACAAUCAAGUAUAACGAUCAGAAUUGUUUCACAAACCGUAAAGUGGCCUGUGAAAGAGACAAGCCCGUUGUGCAGAUUUUUGUUAAUGGGGAUCUACCAGUAUCCUUAGAGUCACAAGGUGAUCCCAAAACUUAUAACUGCAAUGUUGUUGUAACUAAAACAUAGAAACAUGUUAGUAAGGAUGAAUAAAGAUACCGAAGACGCA